AUGGAAAGAAAGGAUGGUUUAUCGAGUGAUGUACCACUGGUUGAAUUUAUAAGUCAAAAUGAAACAAAUAUAACUCAAAACAAUCCCAGGCAAUACCAAAUUCAUAAUCCACGUAAUAUUUCUUUACCAACAUCUUCACCCUCAGUAACGUUACAUGAUGACGACAUUUUCUCUCGUGAUCAAGGAGACCAGCAAGCGAAUACUAUGCCUUCAUUUCUUAGUAGAAGAGUAACAACUGGAUCUGAUGAUAAUGAAGAGAAUUAUGUCGAAAUGUCAGAUAUUACCAAAUCUCUAAGUUUAACCAGUGAGUUUGCAUUCGACAACAUUGAUGAUAGUGAUACGGCCAAACUAACUAAAAAUCGGGUGGAUCACACAUUAGAAAAGAAAAAUACCCAAUUAUCUUUUGACUACCAAGAUGAAAAUGACUCUCAUGACCCUCGUCUGCUCAGUCGCAUGCCUUCGUUCAAAAAGUUUAGAAGGUUAAGUAAGAUGGUCACUAGGGCUUCUUCUCGUGUUGUUAACUUGGCAAAUGUUCCACUUGAUCAACUUUCAAAAGAAAAUGACCUAUUGGAUGAUAAGAGACUUUCGGGUGUUCAGCCAAGAAAUUCUACUUUAUCAGAGGCAACAUUGAUCAACCAAUCUUUAGAAACUCCUCCAACCAUCUCAAAGGGUAAAUCGGUAUUAGAGGGUCGAUCCCUAUUUAUAUUUGGUCCAAAUAAUCCUCUGAGAUUAUUCUUUUAUAAAAUAUUGAGCAAUCCAACCACUGAAACUUUCAUACUAUUUCUAAUUUUGGCCAAUAUUGCCUUAUUGAUUGCUGAUUCGUGGGAUACUGUCAGUGACUCUAAUCCACGAAGAACCACUUGGGGAAGCUCUAUAAUUGACUAUGGAUUAUUGGUCAUAUUCAUUUUAUACACGUUAGAAAUUAUUGCUCGCAUAGUCGUAUCUGGCUUUAUCAUCAAUCCUGAUAAUAAUGAUGAGUUAUUUGAAAUGACUCCUCUAACAAAAUCAAAACCAUCCUCCACUGCAUCGGUGAAUAAUCAAAAAGGACAAUUACUAUCCGAUGCUAAACAUUCUAUUUUUAAAACUGCGUUUCUUCGCCAUAGUUUUAAUAGAAUAGAUUUGGUAGCGGUAAUCUGUUAUUGGAUUGACUUAGUAUUAAUGUUUUCUGGUGUAUCUCAUGUAUAUGUAUUCAAAGCUUUAUCUACUUUGAGGAGUCUUAGAUUGUUAACCGUCACUAGUGGUGGUUCUACUAUCUUACAAUCUUUAAAAACAAGUGCUCCUUUAUUAGUUAAUGUAAUCACCUUUAUUAGUUUCUUUUUUGUCAUCAUUAGUAUUAUUGGCAUUCAAGCUUUCAAAGGUUCGUUUCAAAGACGAUGUGUAUGGGUAGAUCCUGAUGGCGUUAACAAUUUUACACUCUCACAACAAUGGUGUGGAGGAUACAUCGGACCAGACGGUCUUCAUCACCCUUAUAUAAGCUUAAUUGAUAAACAAGUGCAUCCAUACCCUAAAGGAUAUCUCUGUCCUGUCGGACAGAUUUGCAUGGAAACCGGAAAUCCAUUCAACAAUAUUGUGUCUUAUGAUAAUAUUUUUUCCGCCAUGAUCCUAACCUUUGUGAUCGCUGCAACUCAAAAUUGGACCGAUCUUUUAUACAGAACAAUGGAUACCGAUUAUGGAUGGUCAACAUUAUACUAUGUGCUAUCUCUCCUUAUUUUAAACUUCUGGCUACUUAACUUGUUUGUUGCCGUGAUCGUUACUGUAUUUGGAAAAAUUCGUGAAGAAACUUCUCACUCCGCGUUUACUACAUCCAAAUCUACUCCAGUAUUGUUGGACGAUGAAGGAGGGUGGACAUUAAAAGAUCAUAAAAAGGUUGAAACAAACCGAUUAGGUCGAAUAAUGAAAAAGAUCAAAUAUUUAUGGGUCUUUUGCAUAUUUAUUGACUUAUUUAUCAUGGGAUGUAGAACUUUCGAUAUUUCUCCUAGCACUGCAUUAUUUAUAGAUCGAUCAGAGCUAAUAUUCACAUUAAUUCUCGCGUUUGAGAUGAUUUUGAGAAUUUUUUCUUAUGCACCAAAAUUCCGGUUCUUUUUUCGUUCACGCGCGAAUAAUGUUGACCUUUUGUUGGCCAUUAUUACAUGCUUUAUACAAAUCCCAAUGAUCAAGCUUUCCCCAGCGUAUCCUUAUUUAACAAUAUUUCAAAUAGCUCGAGUAUAUCGUGUUGUUAUCGCUGUGCCUCGUCUAAAGAAUGUGUUGUUAUCUGUCUUAGGCAGUGUUGCGGGUCUAGCCAAUCUAGUGCUGUUCAUUUUAAUGCUUAAUUUUUUUGCAGCUAUAACUUGUAUACAAUUAUUGCGUGGGUCAAUUCCUGCUAAUGAUAACGAUUCAAAUCCAAUCAUAAUGACCUUUGGCGAUAUCUAUAAUGGUUUCUUGGCUAUGUUUCAGCUUUUUUCUUCUAGUGAUUGGACAACUGUGCUCUAUAAUGUCUUCCAAUAUGAGUCUGUUAGUGGAUCUGUUGCUACUUCUAUUAUAGCAGCUUUAUUUAUUAUGUUUUACACUGGCUUAUCAAAUUUUGUUCUUCUAAACAUGUUUAUCGCCGUUGUACAAGAAAAUUUUGCAAUUGCAGAAGAAGAAAAGCAUAAAAUUCAAGUAGAAACUUUUCGUAGAAAUGCUGAUCCUACCAUAAAGAAGGAUGUUGCGAUUGAAAGAUGGAACAUUUAUAGAUAUUUUAAAGAAAAACCAAAACCAUUAUCCAUUGAAAGCAUACCUUCUUCUUUAAUUUUACAUACACAAAAAAGUCGGGUAAAAGAACUUCUUGAAGAUGAUGACAGUGUGAAUAAAAAGAAAAGCACGAAUUACGGAAUAAUGGGACCUACGGAUCGUGUUGUAUUGUCCGUGAAACGAUUUUUUGGAUAUGAAGAAACUGAUAGCGGUCCGUUGCAUGAAUUGGACCUUAACAGAAUAAGCGAGAGGCAAGCCGAAGAAUUUAUAGAUAAUUAUCAAGAACGUCAAGCUUUAAAAGCUGAUUUCAUAGCAGCACAUCCAAAUUAUGUAGCAUCACUUUGGUGUAUAUCUCCUCAUAAUCAUAUUCGACAUUUUUGUCAGUUGCUUGUGCCCUCAAGUUAUGGAAAACGUAUCCAAGGCGUUCCUCCAUCUCCAACAUGGAGUUUUUUGUUCAGUGCUUUCAUAUACGCUUGUAUUAUAGCAAAUGUAGUUCUUGCCUGCAUAACCACUCCAACAUAUCAAAAGCAAUAUUAUGAACAACAUGGCAUGACGAGAUAUACUUGGUUUUGGUUUACUGACCUUGCAUUCACUUUUGUCUUUACACUUGAAUUCAUUAUCAAGAUUAUUGCUGAUGGAUUUUUAUUUACACCCAAUGCUUAUAUGUUAAAUGUUUGGAAUAUAUUAGAUUUGUUUGUGCUUUGUACUCUUUACGUCAAUAUUAUAAUUAUUCCAAUAGAUACAUUCGGUAGUGCAAGAAUAAUUCGAUCUUUUAAAGCGCUUCGAGCUUUGCGGUUGAUUAAUUUAUCAACUUCUAUAAAGAAUACAUUCUAUUAUAUUCUUAUUGCUGGUGCUCCACGAAUUUUUGAUGCAUCUUUAUUAUCCAUUAGUUUGAUUAUACCAUUUGCUCUUUAUGGACAAAACAUUUUCGCUGGACUUCUUUACAGUUGCAAUGACAAUUCUAAUGCGGUAAACGUUAGCACAGAUUGUACGGGUGAAUAUACUCAAACCCUUUUCAAUUGGAAUGUUUUUACUCCAAGAGUUUGGGAUAAUCCAUAUCAUUAUAGUUUUGACGAAUUUAAAGCAGCUUUAUUGAUACUUUUUGAAUCCUUAUCUAACGAAGGAUGGAUAAAUAUUAUGUUUAAUGUAAUGUCAAUCACUGGAUAUAAUAGUCAACCUCAACCUAAUGCAUCAAAAUGGAACGCUGUAUAUUUUCUUGUCUUUAAUUUAGUUGGAACAGUAUUUGUGUUGACAUUAUUUAUUAGUGUAAUUAUAUCAGGUUUCCAAUCAAAAUCUGGUGUAGCGUAUUUAACACAAGAACAAGUUCGUUGGUUAAAUCUUGAAAAAUUAUUGAGGCAAAUUAAACCAUCUAAAUUACCAAAAGUUAGACCACAUAAUCCAUUUAGAGCUUUUUGUUACGAUUAUGCUGUUGAAAAAAGAGGAACAUUAUACAAUAUUAUGACUGGACUUUAUGCCAUACAUAUUCUUUUGCUCAUGACAGAAUUUUUCGGAGCUCCACAAUGGUGGGAAAUAACAAGAAACAUAGCUUUUCUUGUCUUAAUUUCAGUAUACGUUGUUGAAGUUUCAAUGAAAUUAGCUGGUCUUGGAUGGAAAGUGUUUCGUAGUAAUCCUUGGAAUCUUUAUGAUUUAAUCGUUAUUACUGGAACUACUGUUACAACAAUACCAGCUUUUGCUCCUAGUACUACAUCUGACGCGACUAUUCAAUUACAAAAACUCUUUUUGAUUUUUGGUCUCACAAGAUUUGGUCCAAAUGGAACUCAACAUGUAAACUUUCGUACUUUUGAUACUACGAUGUUGACACUUAUAAGAAUGUCUACAGGUGAAAAUUGGAAUUCUAUUAUGCAUGAUUACACAAUAACACCUCCAUUCUGUAUCCAAGAUCCAAACUACUUAUUAUCGGAUUGUGGAAGUCCACCAUGGGCAUAUUUCCUUUUUAUUUCAUGGAACGUUUUAUCAAUGUACAUAAUAUUCAGUAUGUUUGUUGGUGUGGUCGGCGAUAAUUUUGCAUAUUUUUAUCAACUUUCUGGAACUUAUUCUUCGAAAGCUUGGAGUGCUAUUGAUGUUAACAGGGCAGGUUAUAUCAAGAGUAAAGACCUUAGCAAGUUCUUUGGAAAACUAGACGGAAGUUUUAAAGUUAGAAUAUUUGAUGAUGAAUUUCUUAUUCCAAAUCUGAGGAAGCAUUCGAGGAUUGUUCAUAGACUAUCUGAAGAUUUAGAUUUUCUACAUCCAAAAAAUGAUGUAUUUAAAGUUGAUGAUAUUGAUAUUAAGAAAUUGGGGCAGAACCUUAGUCGUUUAGACGUUCGCAAAACUUUUCAAAGGAGAAAAACUUAUAAUCUUAUUUAUCAAGAAGCAUUGAUAACCAUUGAAAAAGAUUCAAAUGGAAACGAAAAAGGAAUCUCGUUUACUAAUAUGCUUCUACUAUUAGCUCAUUAUAAACUGAUAGAUGAUGAAAAAUGUUUAGAAAUUCACGAAUAUAUUAAACGGCAAAUGAAAUUGAAAAAAGUAAUUGAUAGUGUCAAUCGUGAACGAGUAAAAUCAUUAUUACGUACAAUUUUGUGGCGUAAAAAGUUUAGAGCCUUCAGGAACAAAAAAUCUGAAAUAAUAAAUGAAGAUGAUUCAGUGCCACGUAUUAUGGUUAAUGAUGAUCCCAACGCACAAUUGCCGACGUUAAGAAUAGAUACAAUGAAUACGAACCAACAACAUAUGUCAAUUACAUCUCCUUCAGAACAGCUUUCAGCUUCUCGUGAAACUUUAAAUAUAGAUUCACCAGAGAUCCGACGUUCGGAUUCUUAUGGUUUCAGAACACGUUCAUUUGAUCAUUCAUCAGGAGAAUUUUCAAUGUCAUCUGGAGAAGAAUUUUUAUUAACUAAUACUAAUAAUGUGUGGAGUGAUAUUGAUGCUAAUACUGAGAUGGAUGAACAAACUGCGGAACAAAUUCUAACAAGCCUUCAAAGUAACUAUUGGCAUGAUACACUGCGAGAAAUGUCACACGGAAAUUCAUCUAGAAAUCAAUGA